GUUCAUUUAUUCCCAAAACGUCUGCUUUAUCCUUCCAAUCAGGAAUUCGGGGCUAUCCUCCCCAAUAUGCGCACCGAUUUUCCUUCAGGUCCUUCCAUUCGCCUCCGUGUAUCCAUUUGGAAAUGAUGGCCGCCCCCGAGGUGAACACCGUACCAUCAGAGUACCAAAUACGGGGAUCACACAGACCGUCCCAGUCGGCAUGCCAUGGCUGGAGUCGCUGGACCAACCAAGACUGGCCGAAAGGCAAUGACCAUGGUCUGUUGUGCUGUAAACGGACUUUGGAUCGCUGCUCCUGCCUUUGAUCCCAGCUGCAUCAACCUAUGUGCCACUCUGCCAUCACAUGCCGCGGCCGCCUGCCUGGAUUGUGACUUCCCUCCGGCUUGGGUCGCUCCGUCAAGUCUGCUUGAUAUUACGUUGAGCAUGAUCCAUCAAACAUGCGUGUCUGUCGGAGUAAUGUACCCAGUAUCUUGAGGUCCCGGUUGUCCAGCUUCAGCUAAGCGUUAUAUAAGAAA